UAUCAUAUGAUUUAAAUUAUGAUAAGAGGUAUUAAUUUAUUUAUACAAGCUCAUAAAUUAAUUUAUAAAAUAUAUUUUAAAAUUUUAUUUUAUAUUAAAUGAUAAAUCACUUAAUUUUUUUUUUUUUAGGCGUCGAUCAUAUAUAGAGUUUGAGAAAAAAUAUUAUAAUUUGAUUUGUUAAUGAAUUUUUAAUUUUUAUUUAUUUUAUGAGUACGAAAAUUAGUUCUAGAAAUAGUUUUAUCAGUAUACGAAUGACCUAAAUAUAUUGCACAAAAUAAUUUAUGGUAAUUAAGUAUGUAGUUUAUAUAAUAUAUAUAAUGCUUCAUCAUCAUUUUUAGCAAUCAAUUAUUUCUAAACUAUAUAAAAUAUUCCAAAAGUUUCCGUAUUACAUAUUACAUGAGAAAGCAAAACACUCUUUCAAUAAGCAUCAAAGAAACAAAUGACAAACAAACAAAUGAAAUGUCUCACUAAAUCAUCACUACCAUAUAAAGAGUUGAAAAUAAUCAGAAACUUACCUUCUUUGACCCGGAGAUGCCAUUUUCACGGUCACCAAAUCUUCUUUUGUUACCUGAAGCUCUGGUUGCAUUUGAAGCGGAAUGGUCUCCGUCAAAAUCUCCGUCCAUUAUAGCAUGCGCAUCAAUGAACCGGGGGAUGGUUCACAACUUUAAUUGUUUAUUAAAUUUUUUUAUAGCAACUUCACUCAAACGAAAGCUUGAGGGUGGUUUUGGAUUGGGUGAGGGAAGAAGAGAGAAUCGGGUCGGGUCGGGUCAACCCCGUUCGCAUGUUUUACUUUACACGUGUAAUUCGUUCCUUUUCCAGGAUUAAAAUGUCAAAAAUUAAAGAGAACGUGUGUGGUAAUUUUUGUAUCGUUCCUUGAUUUAAGGUUUUUGGAGUCUUCUUACAAUUUUCUCAACAACAAAUGGUAGUGGAGGAAAGCUGGAAGAAUUGUUCAAAUGAUCAGAUGUGGCUAAAUUAGCUGAAAAUACACAUUCUUCGUAUUAAUUAGGAUGGACGCAUGUGAGAUCAAAUCUAUUCUAUUAAAACAGCAGUAUGACCCAUUGAUAAAAGUUAUGUCCAACUUAUAAUUUCAACAAUACAUACUACUUUAAUAUAAAAGCAUCAUAAUAUAUAUUUUUUUAUAUGUAACCACCACUUAAAUUGCCUACUAAUCGGUAACCACUUUUUGUAACUGCAUCCAAAUAUCUUUUUUUUUAUGUAACCACCACUGUUUUUAUUGUUUAAAUCCCAGCAAUUUUUUCGAUGAUGUUCAUGUAUUUCACCGAACUUGCUCUUUUGUUUUCCCAACUUGCUUUUCUCUUCAUGUGGAAAUAAUAUCCUCAUCAUCCUCAAUUUAUCGGGAGAGCCUUUCACGGAUAUUAGAUAGAGCUUUUUUUUUUUGUAACUGAGAGAGAGAUUGAAUCAAGAGACGUUGUGCUUUCUUCAAAUGUGUUUGCAUGUAUCUAGAAGAAUUCGUUGGUGCCUCUGUGGAAGAAUAUUGCAGGAUUGCUUUGCUGAAGUCCGGUGGUGGCGCUGUGGCAGUUCGUGAGAAGAAGGACACCAAUUGCGUCUUUUUUUGCAAAAAAAUAGGUUUUGUUUUUGUCAUUGGAUGAUAAAUUAGGUUUGAGGUUUUAUCUUUCAAAGUGUAUUUAAUGAUAUACGGGAUUCGUUAAAACGUCUAAAUGAUUCUACUGCUAGGAGCUUUCACUUUAAAUUUUUAAUAAAAUAGAUAUACGGCAGAAACAGUUUUGUAUAUGUUUUAGCAUCAUGAGAUCAUGUAUAUAAGUUUUUCUUUUUCUUUAACAUCAAGAUCAUGUAUAUAAAGUUACUUGACAUUAGACAACACAAAAUCUUAUGGCUGUAUGGUUUUACAAACCAUUAUAUAUGUCUUUAUAAAAAUCUAUUCUAUUAAAACAACAGUGUAACGCAUUGAUAAAGGGUUAUGUCCAAUUAAAAUUUAUGAAUCAUUACAACACUUCUAACAUAUACUCAAUAGUUUUCCUAUUUAUAAUUUAUAUUUAAAAUAUAUUUUUCUUUAAGGGUUACAUAAUACUAAAAACUAAGUAUUUUUUUUUAAAAUGAUCAUAUCUUCAAAUACACAUACAUAUAAUAUAUAUAUAAACAAUAUAACAAAAAUAUAUAAAUUUUUGAAAACCCGAUUGAACUGGUUCGACCAGUCACCCAGUAAGGAUAACGAGUCGAUGUCUGGUAUGGCUUUCAAAACAUUGGUUCAGUUCAGUUUUCUGGAUAAUUUUGCAUAAUGUAUGUAAAAACAUCGGAUAAUCCAUGUCUUUAGUAUAAAUAUCGGGUUAAGUGACUAAAAAUAUCGGGUAAUUCAAAUAGCUUUUAAGGUAUUGGAUAAAAAGUAUCCGAGUAAUUCGGUUAAUAAAUAAUAUUUUUAGUAUAUUUGAUUAAUUAGAAAUAAAUAUAAUUAAUAUUUGUAGGUAUAUAAUUUUUUUCCUUAAAAUUUGGGUUUGAAGAUUGGUUAUGUCAAGAGAUAUAUGAUUUUCUUGAUUAUUUAUGAAUUUGGUUCUGAUUUAGUUUUGAUUCUUUGGUUUCAGAUAAACAUGUGUAGACCUAUACAAUAUUUUACAUAGAAAUUCAUAUAAAAUCUAGGUUUUGUAGGUUACGUUUAACAAUUAGGCCAUGAGUCACGAUUUUUUUAAUAAACACAACUGGUUUUCAACAACUAAAAUGGGUUUUUUUUUCAUUUUUUAAUAAACAUAAAUAUGAUUACAAAAAAACACAAAUAUAAAAAUUAGAUUUCUAAAAAAAAUAUGUAAAACAAAAAAUAUACCCGCCCUCUCAGGGCGGGUCAGAUUCUAGUAAUCAAUAAAAUUCUAGCUAGGCUGGUAGGUAGGUAAGUCCAGUUCAUUGAUUUUUUUCUUUACAGAAUCAUUUCGCAUAUAUAACAUGCAUGCAUCUCGAUAUUUCAACACUAUGUGGUAUCCAAAGAAACUUUGCCUCACGCCAAGUUUGACUUCGUUCAACACUUUUCAUAGACAAGAGGAGUUGUAUAAAGAAGCUGCGGAUAAUUCAGAUAGAUAUUCAAAGCAAGAAAAGAAAACGAGAGAUAAGGAAAAUAAAAUGGCUGCCUUAUCAGAGAAAGAAGCUGAAGCUUACCUCGACGCAAGGCCGAGAUACCCGAUGGAUUGGUAUAAGAAGAUAGCCGCACAGACACAAGACCACAAGUUUGCUUGGGAUGUCGGAACUGGUAGCGGUCAGGCUGCUAUUGGGCUUGUUGAGCAUUACGAGAACGUGGUGGCUACCGAUAUAAAUGAGGCACAACUUAAACGAGCAGUCAAACACUCAAGAAUCAGCUACCAUCACACUCCAAAAAACAUGUCAGAAGACGAAGUUGUCGCUUUAGUCGGCGGAGAAAACUCUAUCGAUCUCAUAGUUGCUGCACAAGCUGUCCAUUUUUUCGACUUGACAACAUUUUACAACAUUGCAAAACGUGUUCUUCGCAAGGAAGGAGGCCUAAUAGCCAUUUGGGUUUACAACGAUAUCAUUAUUUCGCCUGAGGUCGACCCCAUAAUGAAGCGCCUUGUCGACUCUACACUUCCUUUUAGAACUCCAAUAAUGAAUUUAGCAUUCGAUAGCUAUAAAACGUUGCCGUUUCCUUUUAAGAGCGUAGGGAUGGGGUCAGAAGGGAAGCCUGUUACACUAGAUAUUCCGCAUAAGCUUUCGCUUAAAGGGUUUAUAGGAUUCUUGAGAUCAUGGCAGCCAGCGAUGAAGGCCAAGGAGCAAGGAGUGGAGCUUGUCAAUGAAGAUCUAAUAAACAAGUUUGAGGAAACUUGGGGAGAUGAAAACCAAGUUAAAGAUGUUUUCUACAAGGCUCAUAUGAUUGUUGGGAAAAUUAAGGAAGUGAAAUGUGAAUCGGAACAAGUGUCUAAAGAUGGUAACAAAGAUCUCUUGCACCGAACGGAGGUUGGGAGAAAACAAGAAAGGCCACAACCAUCUGAUGAAGAAAACAGACAAAUUAAGAAACAAAUUACAAGUAAAGAUGAGGCAUGCUAGAUAAAAAAAAUAUGCAUUACCUCUUGUUAUAAACAUAAGUAUUUGUAAAUUAGUUAAAAUUUGAAUCAUCGUCAGUAUUUUGGUAAUAUUUCAAUAUAUAAGGGUUUUUAAUAAAUUAUUAAUAAACCAUUUGAGAAAGUAAUAAACUAAUGUUUAUUUUAUUUUAUUUUUUUUGGUCAAACCUUCAUUUUUAUAAAACUUAAGCAGUAAUGUUUAUGUUUUAGCUAUCAAUAACUUCAACGCCGUUGGAUCUUGCACAAACCUGGACUACGAUAGACUUGAGAAUUGUUUUUGAAUAUAUAGACUUGAGAAUUGUAGGAACAUGCCUGUCAAAAUUACUGGAUUUGUCCAACAUAGUUUUUACAUUUUUUGGUAAAAUAGUUUUUAUUUUUACCAUUCGGUGAUGACUUAAUACACUUUUGUAUUGGUUGAGAGUUACUAUUUAUUGUUGGUAUUUAUAUAAGAGGCCAAAUAUUAUUUUUUGUGCUUUCGGACACUCCAAGUUAUGGUUUUUCAAAAACAAAAAAAAAAAAUUAACUGGAUUUGGAUGUUUGAUAGAAAAUUAGUUACUAACGUUAUGACCAUGCUAUAUGGCGUCGGGACACUUUAAUAUGGACUAAAAAAAACUACAAUA